GGUUAUGUUUACUGAGAUUGUGUCGCUGUCGUAGCUGUCAGCUGUCAGAUUUCUCCAAGAAAAUUUGAUAGUCAACAAUAAAUGUCUGAAAUCAUGUCAAACACUCCACUCGCACGUCGUUCCAAUGUGAAAAUAGCUGUAGGAGCAGUUGUUUGUGAUGAGAGUAUUCUGAAAGGGGAUAUCACCAUUGGUCCCAAGACAGUGAUCCAUCCUCGAGCCAGUAUUAUAGCAGAAGCUGGACCGAUUUCCAUUGGUGAAGGAAAUAUCAUCGAGGAAAUGGCUUCGAUAAUAAACAGGGUACCACCUGGAGGAAAUCCCGAUACCGUGAGAGUCCAAACGAUCGGAAAUUUCAAUGUCUUUGAAACAGAUUCUACGUGUGAAGCUGAGAGAGUUGGAGAUAACAAUGUUCUGGAGACUAAAGCUACAGUCGCCCGAGGAGUUGAAUUGACAAAUGGCUGUGUGGUGGGCCCUUUUUGCUCGAUUCUAGACCCGGAGAUCGUCCCCGAGAACACCAUUGUGUAUGGGACUAAAUGUCAACGUCGAGAGAUGAAUGAUAAACCUUACCCUCAAGUGGGUCAGUUGGAAUUUUUAAUACGGGUUUUACCAAAUUAUCAUCAUCUGCGGAAGCCAAAUAUCAAACCACUCAAAGCGGAGCCCCUGUCCUAGGGUGAAUACUGUAACGAUUUCUAAAAUAUAAAUCGAAUAAUUUAUGUGUAUGAGAGAUAAUAAAAUGAUUUU